AUGUACCGCUGCGUGCGUGUGUCGCACCCGGAUGACUUUUUGCAGUGUAUUGUUUGGCGAGAGAAUUCCACGGAUGAGUUGAGUGUUUACAAACUGAACACGGUGACUUAUGGUACCAAGCCAGCUGCCUUUUUGGCUAUAAGAGCCAUGCAUCAGCUCUCUUAUGAUGAGGAGGAUUCGUUUCCAAUUGGAGCAAAAAUUGUUCGUAGGGACUUCCACGUGGAUGAUUUAAUUUCUGGUGGCGAGUCAAUUGAAGAGGUUAGGGAAAUUCGUCGUCAGGUGAAAAAUCUAUUGUCGCGAGGCCAUUUUCCAAUCCGCAAAUGGUGUUCUAAUGAUGGACGCGCCCUCGAAGGAGAGUCUGACUGCGAUAAGGAGAAGCUAAUUCAAUUUCACGACGGAUCAGCUGUUACCAAGGCGCUGGGAUUAGCCUGGGAUCCUUCUUCUGACCAACUUCUGUUCAACUUUUCUCAAUUAUCUGUAAAUCAUCGAGUCACCAAGCGUAUUGCACUUUCAACAAUAGCCAAAUUCUAUGAUCCGCUCGGUUUAAUAACACCGAUUGUCACAAAGGCCAAGAUCUUUUUGCAAUCCCUAUGGAAUGCUAACGUGGAUUGGGAUGACACAUUACCAGAGCCUAUUCUUUCGUCAUGGGGGAAGUUUACCUCUCAGUUAUCGAUCGUCCAAAACUUGAAAUUUUCACGAUUCGUAAUGCAACCUCAGGCUUCCAUCCAGUUGCAUGGAUUCUGCGAUGCUAGCAUAGCGGCUUAUGGAGCGUGUUUAUACUUGCGGUCAGAGGCCAAUGGAAAAGCAAAGGUCCAUUUGCUCUGCGCCAAGUCGAGAGUGGCCCAUUUAAAGGCUUUGACAAUUCCAAGAUUGGAGUUGUCGGCAGCGCUUUUAUUGGCGGAGCUUAUCGUAAGCGUCAAGGAAACCAUCGAUUUCGAAUGCGACUUUCAUUGCUGGUCUGACUCGUCUAUCGUACUGGCGUGGAUUCGGCAGCCUCCGAGGGAUUUCAACGUAUUUGUAUCCAACAGAAUCGCGAAAAUUCAGGAGAUGACAAAAGGCAUGACUUGGCACCAUGUUCCAACAAGCUUAAAUCCGGCGGAUGUCGUAUCGCGAGGCUGUACCCCGAGAGAAUUGCUGGAGCACUCCCUGUGGGCUAACGGGCCUCCAUUCCUGCUGCAAAGCUCGUCAAAAUGGCCCUCUCUUCCAAAUGCAGUUAAGGAUCUUCCAGAACGUCGUUCCGCAGCGCUAGUUGGAACUGUUUGCACUGACAUUUCGAUCAACUGCAAAUUCCUUAACUCUUUUCAUAAGUUGCAGCGUGUAUUUGCGUAUAUUUAUCGGUUCAUUUCGAGUUGCAGAGCAAAAUCUUCACUUUCAAGGAACCGUGUUACCGUUGAGGAGCUCAAUUUGGGGACCGUACUUCUUCUGAGGAGCAUCCAACAGGUUCACUUAGCCAAGGAGUAUGGAUGUCUUAGCCAGGACAGGCCGUGUCCACAGAAGAGCAAGCUGAUUUCGCUGAGACCAAUAAUCGGCUCCGAUGGACUACUUCGCGUUGGUGGAAGACUUCAGAAUGCAAGCCUGGACUACGAUACUCAGCAUCCGAUAUUGUUACCCAAGGAUCAUCCAGUUACCAAGGCAGGAGGACGAAAGUUCGUGGCUACCGUCAUCAACAAAUGCGUCAGAUGUUUUCGGAUGAAGCCUGUCACUUGGGAGCACGUUAUGGGCAGCCUGCCAGCAAAUCGAGUUCAGCCUAACCCAGCAUUUCAUACCACGGGAGUGGAUUAUUGUGGACCAUUUUAUCAUAAGGCAGAGGCCCGCAACAAGGCGCCUCACAAGUGCUACAUCGCCGUCUUUGUCUGCUUCUCUACGAAGGCCACGCAUUUGGAAGUCGUCCAGGAUCUCACAACGGAUUCUUUCAUCGCAGCGUUGAGAAGAUUCACCAGCCUGAGAGGCACUCCGCGCACUAUUUGGAGUGACAAUGCGACGAAUUUUGUCGGCGCUAAGAGCGAGCUAACCGAGCUGAAGAAUCUAUUUCUGAGCGAACCCCACACGGCUGCGAUAGCUUCCUCCUGCUUAGCUGAUGGGAUUGAUUGGAAGUUCAUACCUCCGCGUGCCCCACAUUUCGGUGGUUUAUGGGAGGCGGCUGUUAAAUCGGCCAAAUUUCAUUUUUAUAGAGUCGUCGGUGCUUCCAUCUUGGGCCUCGAUGAAUUGAGAACUCUCGCUUAUGAGAUUUCUGCCAUCCUUAACUCCCGUCCACUCUGUCCAAUUUCAGAAAACGCUGAAAGUCUUGAGGUGCUAACGCCGGCCCAUUUCCUGAAAGGCUCCAGCUACACAAGGUUUCCUGAGCCUGAUAUCACGCAUCUCCGAGAAGGCCGCCUCAGCAGAUGGCAAAGGGUGACACAGAUGCAGCAGCAAUUCUGGAAGCGGUGGAGCAGCGAGUAUUUAUCCUUGCUCCAAGAAAGGAGUAAGUGGCGCGUCGAAACAUCCAACAUCAAGGUCGGAAGCAUCGUGUUGCUGAAGGAGGACAACCUUCCACCCUUGAAAUGGCAGCUGGGGUGCAUCCAAGGAGUCGUUCCAGGCGAGGACGGUGUCGUCAGAGUAGCUAUGGUCCGUACAGCUACGGGUCUAGUCAAGAGAGCCGUCGCCAAGUUAGCCGUUCUGCCCAUCGAUUCCCAUUUAGUUGGAGCCCUACUUCCUCCAACGGGGGGAGUAUGUUCGGAGCAGCCCGCCAGCGCCUAG